AUGAGCAAGAAACAAACGCCAAGUGAAUUUCUCAAGCAAAUUAUUGGCAGACCAGUUGUGGUCAAGUUGAAUUCUGGGGUGGAUUACAGAGGUGUGCUUGCUUGUCUCGAUGGUUACAUGAACAUUGCUCUUGAACAAACAGAAGAGUAUGUCAGUGGACAAUUGAAGAAUAAAUAUGGCGACGCUUUCAUUAGAGGAAAUAACGUCCUUUAUAUCAGUACCCAGAAGAGACGUAUUUAG